UCUCUCCCUCUGGCAAGCAUGCUGCUGGUAGAAGCCCCCAGGUAGAAACUGCUUCAAAAUCUUUCAAUGCCUCUUCCUCGGGAACACCUAUGGCUCCAGGAUCACAGCUCGGCUCUUUAAGCUGGUCAUAAGCCAGCCAACUUGCUGAUAGGAUUUAAACUCUGAAGAGAAUGUGGCCAUUUUUCUCUCAGACGAAGGGAUCGCUUCAAUUUCCGCCUUUGUAAUUGCUUCCUUUCCUUGAAGGUGCCUGGGUCUUGUUUUCUUACAAAUAUCUUCUUUCCAAACUUGCCUGCCAUGCCGACCGUCAUUAGUGCAACUGUGGCCCCGAGGACAGGGGCUGAGCCCAGGUCCCCAGGGCCUGGUCCUCACCCGGCCCAAGGCAAGACCACCGAGGCCGGAGGUGGACACCCAGGUGGCAUCUAUUCAGCCAUCAUCAGCCGCAAUUUUCCAAUUAUUGGAGUGAAGGAGAAGACGUUUGAGCAGCUCCACAAGAAGUGCCUGGAGAAGAAAGUUCUUUAUCUGGAUCCGGAGUUCCCGCCAGAUGAGACCUCUCUCUUUUAUAGCCAGAAGUUCCCCAUCCAGUUCGUCUGGAAGAGACCUCCGGAAAUCUGUGAGAAUCCUCGAUUUAUCAUUGGUGGAGCCAACAGGACUGACAUCUGCCAAGGAGAUCUAGGGGACUGCUGGUUUCUGGCAGCCAUUGCCUGCCUGACCCUGAAUGAGCGGCUGCUUUUCCGAGUUAUACCCCAUGAUCAAAGUUUCACUGAAAACUACGCGGGGAUCUUCCAUUUCCAGUUCUGGCGCUAUGGAGACUGGGUAGAUGUGGUUAUUGAUGACUGUCUGCCAACAUACAACAAUCAGCUGGUUUUCACCAAGUCCAACCACCGCAAUGAGUUCUGGAGUGCUCUGCUGGAGAAGGCUUAUGCUAAGCUCCACGGUUCCUAUGAAGCCCUAAAAGGUGGGAACACCACAGAAGCCAUGGAGGACUUCACAGGCGGGGUGACAGAGUUUUUUGAGAUCAAGGAUGCUCCCAGUGACAUGUACAAGAUCAUGAGGAAAGCCAUCGAGAGAGGGUCCCUCAUGGGCUGCUCCAUUGAUGAUGGUACGAACAUGACUUACGGAACCUCUCCUUCCGGUCUGAACAUGGGGGAGUUGAUUGCGCGGAUGGUGAGAAAUAUGGAUAACUCGCUGCUCAGAGACUCAGACCUCGACCCCAGGGGCUCAGAUGACAGACCGUCAAGGACGAUUGUUCCUGUGCAGUAUGAAACAAGAAUGGCCUGUGGGCUGGUGAAAGGUCAUGCCUAUUCAGUCACUGGGCUGGAGGAGGCCCUGUUCAAAGGCGAGAAGGUAAAGCUGGUGCGGCUGCGGAAUCCCUGGGGCCAGGUGGAGUGGAACGGCUCUUGGAGUGAUGGUUGGAAGGACUGGAGCUUUGUGGACAAAGAUGAGAAGACCCGUCUGCAGCACCAGGUCACUGAGGAUGGAGAGUUCUGGAUGUCCUAUGACGACUUUGUCUACCAUUUCACAAAGCUGGAGAUCUGUAACCUCACAGCUGACGCCCUGGAGUCUGACAAACUACAGACCUGGACCGUGUCUGUGAAUGAGGGCCGCUGGGUGAGGGGAUGUUCUGCCGGCGGCUGCCGCAACUUCCCAGACACUUUCUGGACCAACCCGCAGUACCGUCUAAAGCUCCUGGAGGAGGAUGAUGACCCUGAUGACUCGGAGGUGAUCUGCAGCUUCCUGGUGGCUCUGAUGCAGAAGAAUCGUCGCAAGGACCGGAAGCUGGGAGCCAACCUCUUCACCAUUGGCUUCGCAAUCUACGAGGUUCCCAAAGAGAUGCACGGGAAUAAGCAGCACCUGCAGAAGGACUUUUUCUUGUACAACGCCUCCAAGGCCAGAAGCAAAACCUACAUCAACAUGCGGGAAGUGUCCCAGCGCUUCCGCCUGCCCCCCAGCGAGUACGUCAUUGUGCCUUCCACCUAUGAGCCCCAUCAGGAGGGGGAAUUCAUCCUCCGGGUCUUCUCUGAAAAGAGGAAUCUCUCUGAGGAAGCUGAAAACACAAUCUCUGUGGAUCGGCCAGUGAAAAAGAAAAAAAACAAGCCCAUCAUCUUCGUUUCAGACAGAGCAAACAGCAACAAGGAGCUGGGUGUGGACCAGGAGGCAGAGGAGGGCAAAGACAAAGCAGGGCCCGAUAAGCCAGGGAAAGCCCCACAGGCACGGCCUGGCCACACGGACCAGGAGACUGAGGAGCAGCAACAGUUCCGGAACAUCUUCAGGCAGAUUGCAGGCGAUGACAUGGAGAUCUGUGCUGACGAACUCAAGAACAUCCUUAACAUGGUGGUGAACAAACACAAGGACCUGAAGACACAAGGGUUCACGCUGGAGUCUUGCCGAAGCAUGAUAGCUCUCAUGGAUACAGAUGGCUCUGGGAGGCUGAAUCUGCAAGAGUUCCAUCACCUCUGGAAAAAGAUCAAGGCCUGGCAGAAAAUCUUCAAACACUAUGACACAGACCAUUCCGGCACCAUCAAUAGCUAUGAGAUGCGAAAUGCAGUCAAUGAUGCAGGCUUCCACCUCAACAGCCAACUCUAUGACAUCAUCACCAUGCGCUAUGCAGACAAGCACAUGAACAUCGACUUUGACAGUUUCAUUUGCUGCUUCGUCAGGCUGGAAGGGAUGUUCAGAGCUUUUAACGCAUUCGACAAGGACGGAGAUGGCAUCAUCAAACUGAAUGUUCUCGAGUGGCUGCAGCUUACCAUGUAUGCCUGAACCAGACAGGCCUCAUGCAAGAUCAACCAAGAUUCCAACCCAACCCAACCCAGCUAGAGCCAUUUACCACGAAGAAUCCAGCGGCUGCACCUCCACAAAACCUAGGAGGCUUCUGGCCUUGUUCCUUCUCCACUCUGCCCCCAAUCUCGGUGCCCAGCCUGGUGCUUGGGAGAACUCUCUUUGCCACCGGAAGGCUAGUGUCUGCCUGAGCUAGGUGCGGCCUCACUGGGCGGUCUGCUGAUUCUGAAUUGCCCACUUAGCUUGCACGGGGCUGUCCACAGCACCAGCUAAUGGUACUCACUCAUACAGGAACCCAGUCACCAAGUCUGCACUCAGUUCUGCCAGUUUCAGGAUGGGUUUACUCUGGGGUAAACAGGGCUGAUGCUUGGAGAUAUCUGACAAAAAUUUGGCUGCAUUCUAAAAAAAGUUAAAUAAAGGCACAUGUAUGGCUGAUUCCAUUGUUUUCUUUAUUAACAUUUCUCAGCCACAGCACGACUGUCUUUCAGCCAUACUUUCAUAUAGCACCUCCAUAAAGACCUAGUUUGGGGCUAGGGAGAUGGUUCAGUGGGUAAAGGGGUAUGCAAGCAUGAGGACCCCAGGGUGGAUCCCUAAAAGCCAAGCAUGGUAGCUCACACCUGUAACUCCAGUACUGCAGAGCCAAGACAGAGGAUCUCUACAGGUUUUUUGGCCAGCCCGUCUAGCAAAAGGGACAAUGUCUGGUGAGAGCCCGUCUCAAAAAAUAAGGUAGAAGGACUGGGGCAAUGGCUCACUGGGUAAAAAUGCCGAGUCUGGAUCCCCAGCACCCACAUAAAUGUAAAUGCCUGUUGGAGUGAUCACCCACCUGUAAUCCCAUCCCAAGAGAGACAAAGAAAGGAUCCCUGGCAAACUGAUCAGCUAGACUAGGUGGCUUGGCAGGCUCUGGGUUAAAGAGACCUGGCUUCGGCGUCAAAGGUGGAGAGUGAUCCAGGAAGACAGUUAUCAACCCGACCUCCACAAGCAUGCACACACCACAUGCACACAAAGGGAGAUAGAGGAAAACACCCAAAGUCAGUCUGACCUCCACACCUGCACGAAUUUACACAACACCAAGAAAACCCUGUUUAGUCUAUGGAUAUACCUGACUGUCCAGUAUUGGAAGGGAUGUGUCUGGCUAGUGUAUAAAUCGAGAAAAGCUCUAGUUCCAGGAUAAGAUGAUGGGGAAUACAUAUGGAACCAAAGGCUUGAGUCCCACUGAAAUCACGCCUCCUCCGACCAUUCCUCUUCUUAUUGUAAUCUUGGUUUAUGUGGACCAUGAAAGCUUUGCCACUUUCAUGUCUGAGCAGCUCAUGUCUGCCUGGUGUCUGUGGGGGCAGAAGAGGGCACCAGGUUCCCUAGGACUGGGAGCUAGAGAUGGCUGUGAGAGCCAUGUGGGCACUGGAACCACGGCCAGGUCCUCUGGAAGAGCAGCCAGUGCUCUUAACCCCUGAGCCAGCCCUCCAGCCUCACUACUGCUAGUUCUUGAGCUCAGGGACCACUCAGAUCGUUUCCAAGAUUGCUGGUGUGGAACAAACACAUAGGGGCAGUAGAAGGAGAUGAAUGGGGGCGGUGAUCAAAGUACACUGUAUGUGUGAAAUAAACUAAUUUUAAGUCAAAUAAAUGGGUAACACGAUGGGCCAGUGAUUUUUUUUUUCAUCCUAGCUCCUCUGCUCACUGGCCUAUCUAACAUUAAAACAACCCCUGACCAUGAGUUUAAUCUAGACCUUGGGUGGGUCUGUGGCACAGAUACAAUAAGCACCAUGUUUCCUGCCCACUGUCUUGUUCUUUAUGCCAAAAUGGAAAAGGCUGAUCACGAAAACACAAAGUAACAAAAUGAACACUUAGUAAAAGUACUUCAUUCUCUUCUUGUAUUUGCUUUAUAUCUCGCUUACAAAGUUAUGAAGUUCACAGCUUUUAUACCAAAAUGUAAGAAGGCUGUUUAGAAAUAAUUUUGCAGUCAAAUUUCACCUGACAUUUCUUCUAAUCCAUGUUUAGUAUUGAAAUACAGUAAGAAACCAAGGUGCUGGGCAGCUCUGGGUGUCUACUUCCCCCCACAGCCUUUCCUUCGCUACCCUCUGCCAGCACUGGGCUGCUUCUGGGCUGGCCUGGGCCAUGUCCUUGGGGUUGGAGGUGAAGACAAGGCUGUUGUAUGGUAAAUGGUAGGUUAAUUUACAUAAGGUUUCACACACAUCUGCAUAUGGAAGUGUGACCCAACACACCCCCACCACAGCUUCCUCCUUUCCUGACUAUCAGGCCACCUCCCUGAAACCCAACAUUCUCAGUGACAGGACAGAGAUGAAGCCACCACUUAAGUAUGCCAAGUACAGCCUUACAGUAAUUCUAGAACUCUCCUUCAAGCAACAGGAACAAAUUUGCUAAGUAAGCAUAUGCAAACUGCAGCUAUUUAAGCAAACCACAAGGGAGGUGUUGUUCAAACCCUACUUCACGAUAUUCUUCAAUUUCCUUCCCAAUGAAUUAUCUUCCAUAAAAUAAUACUGUGUCAUUCUUGUAAGUGUGACCUACAUCCAGCAGCUCAGCCACAUGCCCAUGCACUGAAACUGUCCUAUACAUAAAUCUACUCGAAAACAACAAAACCUUUGUUGGCAACAAUCACUUCAAUCCUAAAAGUACUGGCUUGGAUUCACUGUAGUCCAGGAAUUCAAAUUUUCAAGGGCAAACUCUCCCGAAUAAAACGUCUUCCCGACAAGAGCAGUGCUAACAGCGACUCCUCGGACUUAAGUGAUGUCAGGACACAUUUUGCCAUUUUUUUAUUUGCAUUGUUUACAAUUGAGCAAAGUAUGCCAAAAUGUGUUUUGAACCUAAGUGAAAACUUUAAAAAAAAAUUGAAAGUGGCUGGUUAUUUUAUUAGAACCGUUAUUGUAAACACAAAAGGAUUUUUUAAGAUUUUCUUUGCUUUGAGCUGCUGGUCUAGGCAUAAAGAAUUUAAAAAUAAAAAUGACCUGCAAGUACUCCUUAGAAAUGUCUUGGGUUUUGGAGGUUAUUUAUUAGUCACUUUCCUUCUCCUUCAAAUUACCCAACCAACGAAAGUCAGCACAGACCCGAGCUGCCCCUUCUGAGGGGAACUGGAGGCUGAUCAUGAAGGACCAACAUAAUGAACAACUUAAGAGGCAGUCACAGUCUGUCUCCACAGGCAGCCACUGCUGAGGAGCCAAGAAACCCGGGCUCUUCAUUCUCAGUGCAACCCUAGACCGCUCAACCUGGAGAACAGAGAUCUGAUGCCCCAAACAAUUCCACCUCUUCUUGAAGUCACCACACUGCUUCAAAGAAAGCCCUGUGAAAUGAGGAGACCCCGGUGCAAGUGCCCCCGACACUCGGGCAAGCAGGCAGAGGCAUGCACACAAUGGUACCAAGGGAAACUCAGUUCCUACUAAUCGUCGGCUGCAAGCCCUUAGGCCCUCAAGCGUCCUCACCACUGGUCAACACCUUACAUUCUUCUUCCCUGCUGCACACGGCCCCUCCACUCCCAUCCCUUCCUACAUUCCCUUGGGCGAACGGGGAACCUGUGCUUCCUCAGCACACUGCUCUGCCAAUGUGGAAACUUGAGAUGCCGUAGCUCAAAGAAUAAUGCAGGUUUAGCAAUAAACCCAAGUGAACUUUCCUAAGAAAUCACUUCCCAGACCCACAGAAGUGUGGCUCCUCUGGUCACCCUUACAGAAAAUGGAGGUGAGAGGUCGGAAAGGUUUUCAGUCUUACACAGAAAUAGCAUAAAUAUGCUUUGUCAAUAAAAGCCCAGCAUCACACAAUGGUUCUCUUCACAUCUAAGCCAUGUGGUUAACAAAAGUUUUCCUACACAAUAGGCCACAUGUGAACAGCCACUCAUUUGUGGGUCACUCAUGAGCCCCUAGAUUUGUUCUUAACAUUUUCUGGAUCCAGUAAGAACUACUGGAACCAUUCCUAGGGGAAAACAAAAAAGACAUACUUAGUCUUUUGUGCAAUUUCAGAGGAUUCACAGACUGACUUGAAGCCUAUCCAUCAAUCCCUGGCAGAGUUGCCCUGCCCAGAGCAUAUGAGGAGGUUUGAUCAGGCCAGGUACAAAAACAGAGUCUGCAAUCCUAGCACCAGAAAGCAUUGCAUCCUGAAGCUAGGGUAUGUGCCGUGACAGACCUCUCCCUCUGAAGAACCUGAGUUUUGAGAACUCAGAAACAAAAUAUUAGGAAGUAACACUUGUUUAGUUUUACAUACAAGUCUUGAGAAAAUCCAGGCACAAAGCAAUCCUACUAAGGCAUGUGACAUGGGCACUCCCAAUGGCUGCCUUUCUGUCACCAUACUCCACUUCCUUAGCUGGCAUGAAUGUAAAGGCAGACACUGCUUCAGAAGUUAUUCUCUGAAGGCCUGCUUGAUGUCCUGUCAGCUGAAUCCAGAUGCUCAUCCCAGCUCCCCUAUCUAGGGUGCUGCGAGUAGGCUGAAAGCUGCCCCCCUGCCCCCCUGCCCCCCUGCCCGCCCGCCCCCGGCAGCUCCCUGCACCACUGCUCUAGGCACAGCAAGACAAUAAGAGAUGGGGGCUGGUAACAGGGCAACCCAAAAGGCGUCAAGGCUCCAUGAGGCUCCGAGAGCCAGAAGAUGGAAAGAGGAUAAAGGUAUGCCUUCCGUUCAAGCAGCCAGUGAGUGCAGAGGGGAGGGAGGCACCCCACUGCGCACUCUGGAGCAAUUUACUGGUAAAUGCUGUCUUUAGGGACUGGCCGUCGUAGAACUUGUCCUAAGUCUAAACUACGGCAAGCAGAGCAGCUGGCCGAUUCUCAGGCCUCUACACAUUUCCUUUUGUACCUACAGCCAGCUUUAUCCAUCUACAGAGCACUUCAUAGUGAAACACUGCACAUAAUUAUUAAAAAAAGAAAACGAUUUGCUUCAAAUUUAAAUACCCAGUUAUUUCAAAAGGAGGAAUUAUAACCGAUCCUGAAAAACCUAUCAUAAGCCAUCAUAAGACAUAAAGCAGAAAUGACAAACUGAAUCAAUAAAAUAUGUGUAUGAUUAGGAUCAAACUGGGUAACCAAUUAAUAUCUGAAUCUU